AUGCUCCCCCCACCAACCCCCUCCUUCCUCACCCGCAAAUCCAAAAUCCUUUCCCAGCUCUCCGUUCCCGACGUCGAGUACACCGACGCCUCCCCCAAAGGAUCAGUCGACGUGGCCAUUCGCGAACUGAUUGACGAGAUCAACCAUGGUUACGAAGGAUUGGUGACGACGAGCAGUUGCGCGGGGAGGGUGAGUGUUUAUUUGGAGGGUGUGAAGAGGAAGAAGGACAACAAAGCUUCUAGUGCUGGUGGUGUUGAGGGUGAGGGUGAGGGAGAGGGAGAGGGAGAUGGCGAAGGAGGUGGUGAAGAUGGGGUAAGGGCAUCAACAGCAGCUACAGCUGCUGCGGUAACAGCCAGUUCCUCUGGAGGUAAAGGUGGAGGGGAAUGGCUGUUUGUUUCUCAUGAUCCGUUAGAGACAGUUGACGCUAAAACGGGGAGGGAGUAUGAUGGGGACCAUUGGAUGGAGGUGUUUGGCUUAACUGGGAAUGGGUCUGAUCAGCCUGGGUCUGGGGAUGGUGAUGGUGAUGGGGAUUCACAGCAAGAGCAGCAGCGGUUGAUUCACUUCAAGUUUGAACCCAUGAUCCUCCACAUCCUAACCACCUCGCCCUAUCACGCCCAUCUAGCAAUCCAAUCCGGCAUGACCUCGGGCUUCCGCGAAACAGGCGCCGUCUCCAUCUUGCCCCGUCUAACUGCUCCCUUUUUCUCCUCCUGUCACCAGUGUCAUACUCACCACAAUCACCUCCCGCAACAACUAUCAUCGUCAUCAUCAGCAUCAUCAUCACCAUCAUCUUCAACAACCCCAACACCAACAGAAUCCGUCACUCCAAACCCCAUAGUAGCCAUCCGCUCCAUGGGCCUCUCCUUCGAGUCCCUCAUCGGCGUCCAACACGGCUCUCAACGACAGUCUUUGGUGUCUCCGGAAUACCUGUCUCUGCUGGUCAAGAUUGCCAACGAGCGGUUCGAGGAGAAUAAGAAGAGGAUAGCUAGGUUUCAGGAGGCAUUGAGGUUGGCUUUUGGUGAGGGAGCUACUGCUGGUGGUGUUGAGGGACAGAAGAAGAAGAAAAAGAGCGGCGAUGGUGAGAGUGGUAAUGCGGAAUGGGAGGAUGCUGAGGCUAGGAAGCAGAGGAAGAGGGAGGAAGGGUUGGCGAGACGGGAAGAGGUUAGGAGAAGGAAGGAAAAGGAGGAGGAGGAGAAACGGAGAAAACAGGAGGAAAUUAAGGAGGAGAAUGCGGGAAAAGUAGAUUUGGCGGAGGUGGUUUUGCAGGUGCCCGAUGUUCUGUAGAGAUAGUUGGUAGUUCCCUCUUGACCUAACAGUAUCUGUUUUAGCGGACAGGUCUUCACGAGGCGCUGGGUUAACUUGUGGUGCUCUCUCCCACUACAGCCGUUGUCAAGGCGGUGGGAAAAAAAAUGUUGGUCUAUACUCU